CUUCCGUGACUCUCUCUUUCCCUGUUCCUAUUAUUUGCCUUCCUCCUAUUUACUUCUUAUUCCUCAAUUCCCUCUUCUCCGAUCCUCCUCGUUAAUCACUAUCUGCGUUCUGCUUCUCGAAGGUUCAUCGAUUUUUCUCGAGAAAAUGAAGGAAACUGCAGGAAACCCUCUCCACCUCAAGUCUGUCAACCACAUCUCCCUCAUCUGCAAAUCCGUCGAAGAAUCCAUGGAUUUUUAUCAGAACGUUCUUGGAUUCUUCCCCAUCAGGAGGCCCGGCUCUUUCGAUUUCGAUGGCGCCUGGUUGUUUGGCUAUGGAAUUGGGAUUCAUUUACUCCAAGCAGAGGACCCAGAGAAUCUGCCCAAAAAGACGGUAAUUAAUCCAAAGGAUAAUCACAUAUCGUUUCAGUGCGAGAGCAUGGGAGCUGUGGAGAAGAAGCUGAAGGAGAUGGAGAUCCCCUGCGUGAGGUCCAUGGUAGAAGAAGGUGGGAUCCAAGUAGAUCAGCUGUUCUUCCACGACCCAGAUGGAUUCAUGAUCGAGAUAUGCAAUUGCGACAGCCUCCCUGUGAUUCCCAUAGCUGGUGAGAUGGUAAGAUCUUGCUCUCACGUGAACAUGUUGCAGCAGCCGCAGCAGAAGAUACAGAUGGUCCGACACUUGUGAGGCCAGAAGAAUUUCUCAGAUACAUUGUUUGCACAGUCACAAAAUGCUAAAAAAAGCCAAUAAUGACGGCCAAUUCUUGCAUGCUUUAGGGACCCUACUCGAAUUGAUUUUUUUUCAAUGUAUUACGUGACUUUGCAAUUAAUGUAUCCAAGAAUUUUUCGUACUAAGCUAUGUUUUGGUGGAAGAUAGGCAGUGGGGCUGGAAAUAUGCAUAUAUAAAGAGAGAGAGCUUGUCGUUUUGUGUGUUGUCUAUGUAUCUAGGAGUCAUUUCCUUCCUUUUGUUGGCUUUAGUAGUUUACUUUUCUAAGUUGAAUAAACAAUUCUCCAAUUGUUCCUAAUGGGAAAUUGGUCCUUUCGGCUUCUAAGUGGAGUCUUGUCUGACGUUGAUGUUGCUGUUUAGGUUUUGUUUUCCAAGUUGAA